CCCUCCGGCCAGGAGAGUCGCACCGAGGCUAAAAAGUCGCACCGUUUGUUUCCUGCUUUCCACCAUUUCUCCCACUUCGUGGUCUCUCUCUCUUUUGGCAUCCGUCCGUCCGUCCGUCCGUCUUCCCCGAAACCCCGAGAGAAUUUCUAGGGUUCCGAACUGCGCCCGAUCAGCCGGGCGGAUGAGGAGGGGCGGCUACCCCGAUCGUUGCCUGGGGCGGCCGCCGUUCCGGCCGGAGAGACCGCUUUUCCGGCAAGAACGGCUGCCCUUCCGCCCCCAACCUCAGGCCUACCAUAGGCACUGGCAACAGCCGCCGGCGCCUCGGCCCCGCUUCGUCGUUGUCCUAGUCUGUUCCCCUUCCACCCAGAAAGGCCUCUCCUCGUCGUACAUCCGCGACCUCCUCGUCUCCUGCCCUUCCACGCCAGAGAACUUCUUCUACUCCCAGGGCGCCGUCGUCGGAAAGUUCAUAUUUCGGUGCUGGGCCGAUGCCCUCGAGGCCAGCGUCUACCUCUGGGGCCGCCGACUGGACGGCGCCCACCACCUGACCGCCAAAAUCGAGUCCUCCACCGGUCUCCUCCCAUCUCUAAAGGCCGAGGAGGAGAGCCGCCUCAGGGCCCUCUUCACCGGUCACAUCCGGGGCCUUCUCGAGUGCGAGGCGGUCCGGCGGUGUGAAGGGAAGAUCGAGCAGGUGGAGCAUGAAAUCAAGAAAGUGUCGGGGAAGCUCACGAAGCCGAUUCGGCUGGCCACCAUUGGGAAGAUUCAGGACACUAGGAAGAGUCUGGAGGCAGAGAAGGAGCAGUUGGAGAGCAGGUUGAAGGAGUUCAGGGCCGCCAUGGAGUGUCUUAUUGCUUACCUCAGUGAGCAGCAGGAGGUCUGUGAGGAGGAGGAGGGGAAAGUCGAGAUUUUUAAGCUUCAAGGUGAAUUGGAUUGGAGCAGGAUCCACCAUUUGAUGGAAAGGGAAUGCCGCCGGUUCGAGGAUGGGUUGCCCCUCUAUGCUUGCAGAAGGAAAAUUCUUAGCCACAUAUUCUCCAAUCAGGUUUUGGUUUUGAUUGGGGAGACUGGUUCUGGAAAGAGUACCCAGUUGGUCCAAUAUCUUGCCGAUGCAGGACUAGCUGCUGAUGGAUCAAUUUUGUGUACUCAGCCUCGAAAAAUUGCAGCGAUAUCUUUGGCACAAAGGGUUGGGGAGGAAAGCAAUGGGUGCUAUGCAGACAAUUUCGUGAUUUCUCAUCCCACCUAUUCAUCCUUUCAGAAAUUCAAUUCUCGGUUAAUAUUUAUGACUGACCAUUGUCUCCUGCAACAUUGCAUGAAUGAUAUGAGUUUGUCUGGUAUAUCAUAUAUCAUUGUAGAUGAAGCUCAUGAAAGAAGCUUGAACACUGAUCUUCUUUUGGCAUUGAUUAAGAAGAAACUACUUGAGAGAUUAGAUCUACGGCUUAUAAUAAUGUCCGCGACUGCUGAUGCAGGCAAACUUGCAGAAUAUUUCUAUGGUUGCUACACCUUGUAUGUCAAGGGGAGAAACUUUCCUGUUGAAAUAAAAUAUAUUCCUGAUAUAUCUGCCCCCACUAUCUGUACCACCACUUUGACGCACACUUCUGGUAUUUAUGCUUCCUAUGUUGGUGAUGUAAUAAAGAUGGUGCGCAUAAUUCACAAGACGGAGACAGAUGGUUCCAUCCUUGCAUUUCUAACUUCUCAAAUGGAAGUAGAAUGGGCUUGUGAGAAUUUUCAUGAUCCCUCUGCAGUGGUGCUGCCGAUGCAUGGGAAACUUUCUUAUGAGGAACAAAGUCGUGUUUUCCAAAAAUACCCAGGAAAGAGAAAAGUUAUUUUUUCCACUAAUGUAGCUGAGACUUCUCUUACCAUCCAAGAUGUUAAGUAUGUGGUUGACUCUGGCAUGGUGAAGGAGAGCAGGUAUGAGCCUGGCAAUGGCAUGAACGUGCUCAAGGUUGGCAGGAUAAGUCAAAGUUCUGCUAGUCAACGAGCAGGUCGUGCAGGUCGAACAGCACCGGGCAAGUGUUACAGGCUUUACUCAGAAUGUGAUUUCUAUUCAAUGAAAACGCAUCCGGAACCUGAAAUUCGCAAGGUUCACCUUGGAAUUGCUGUUCUGAGAAUUCUUGCUUUGGGCAUUAAGAACGUGCAGGAUUUUGAGUUUGUUGAUGCUCCCAGUCCGCAGGCAAUUGACAUAGCUAUGCAGAAUCUUGUCCAGUUGGGUGCUGUUACCAACAAUGCUGAUGUCUUUAAACUUACUGAUACUGGCUGGUCUUUAGUGAAAUUGGGUAUUGAACCACGGCUGGGGAAAAUUAUUCUUGAUUGCUUUGGCCGUGGUUUGAGAAAGGAGGGCCUUGUUCUUGCUGCUGUAAUGGCAAAUGCUAGCAGCAUAUUUUGUAGAGUUGGCAGUGACGAGGAUAAAUAUAAAGCAGACCGUCUUAAAGUUCCAUUCUGCCACCGUUAUGGGGACCUUUUCACACUGCUCUCUGUUUACAAGAAAUGGGAAGAUAAACGUGAAAAUAAGAAUAAGUGGUGUUGGCAGAAUAGCAUCAAUGCUAAGUCAAUGAGAAGGUGUCAGGAGACUGUAGUGGAAUUGGAAAAUUGUCUUCAACAUGAACUCAACAUUAUCAUUCCAAAUUACUGGUUAUGGGAUCCAGAUAAGCCCAAUUUGCAUGAUCAAAUAUUGAAGAAGAUUAUACUUUCAUCCCUUGCAGAGAAUGUAGCUAUGUUUUCUGGAUGUGAUCGAGUUGGUUAUGAAGUGGCUCUGACAGGUCAACUUGUGCAACUUCAUCCAUCGAGUUCAUUGCUCAUGUUUAGCCAGAAACCAAACUGGGUAGUUUUUGGGGAAAUUUUAUCAAUAUCAAAUCAAUAUUUGGUUUGUGUAACUGCAGUGGACUCUGAAAGCUUGUGUGUGAUCCAGCCUCCUCUGUUUGAUAUUCAACAGUUGGAGAGCCGGAGGAUGCAGAUGAAUGUGAUCCCUGGAGUUGGCAGUAAUCUGCUUAAAAGGUUUUGUGGCAAACACAAUCAAAACCUACAGAGGAUUAUUUCGCAUAUCCAGAAAGUUUGCAUGGAUGACCGUAUUGGUAUUGAUGUUGACUUCGGAAAAAGUGAAAUUCAGGUAUUUGCAUCACCAAAAGAUAUGGAGAAGGCUUGUUGCAUCGUCAAUGAUGCCUUGGAGUAUGAAACAAAAUGGUUGAGGGAUGAGUGUGUUGAGAAAUACUUAUUUCCUGGCAGGCCUGGUAGUUCUCUCCCAGUGGCACUGUUUGGCUCAGGUGCUGAAAUUAAGCAUCUAGAACUUGAAAAGAGACAUCUAACUGUGGAAAUAUCCCAUCCAAAUGCUCAUGCUGUAGAUGAUAAGGAAGUUCUUUUGAUGGUUGACCAAUGUGUGUCUGGAAUAGCUAACUAUCAUAAAUAUGCAGGAAAUGGACCAGAGGGAACAGAUAAAUGGGGCAAGAUAACAUUUCUUAGUCCUGCGGCUGCAGAAAAUGCUGUUGCCAAGCUGAAUGAGGUAGAGUUUCAUGGUUCCCUGUUGAAAGCUCUUCCUGUAAGGGCAGUUGACAAUAAGCUGCUUCCAUUUUCUGCAGUUAGAGCCAGAGUUUGUUGGCCUCGGAGGCCAAGCAAAGGAGCUGCACUUAUUACAUGUGCUGGAGGAGAGGCUGAAUUUAUUGUCAGAGACUGCUUUGCGUUGGUGGUUGGAGGUAGGUAUGUUAACUGUCAGGUCAGCACAAAAUACAAAAAUUGUGUAUUUGUAACAGGACUGCCAAGAGAUGUAUCAGAAACAGAAUUAUAUGAUGCUUUUUUAAGUUCAACAGAGAGGAAAAUCCUUGACAUUCACUUGUUGAGAGGAGAACCAAUACCCAACCCCCCAGGUGCUACUUGUAGAGAAGCACUUGUUAGAGAAAUUUCUGCUUUUAUGCCUAAAAAGAAUUUUCGUGACCAUAGUUUCCAGAUUGAAGUGUUCAACCCGGAACCAAAGGAUUAUAUGAUGAAAGCUAUAAUCACAUUUGAUGGCGGCCUUCACCUUGAGGCAGCAAAGGCUUUGGAUCACAUCCAGGGGAAGGUACUACCUGGUUGUCUCUCAUGGCAGAAGAUACGGUGCGAACAUGUGUUUCACAGCCAUCUAUCUUGUCCAGCUCGUGUCUAUUUUGUCAUUAAGAAACAACUGGAUUCUUUACUUGAAAGCUUCCAGCAGCAGAAGGGUGUAUCCUAUAAUCUGGAAAAGAAUGAUAAUGGUUCUUGUCGAGUGAAGAUAUCUGCCAAUGCCACAAAAACUAUCGCAGAUUUGAGGAGGCCUCUCGAGCAGUUGAUGAAAGGCAAGACCAUAAGCCAUCCAAGCCUCACUCCAACCGUGCUUCAGUUACUCUUCUCCCGGGAUGGAGUGGCCCUCUUGAAAGCUGUGGAGCGGAAGUCUGGAACUUACAUUCUGUAUGACCGGCAGAACCUAAAUGUUAAAGUGUUUGGACCUCCGAAGGAGGUUGCUGCAGCUGAGCAGAAUUUGGUGCAAUCACUGCUAUCCCUCCACGAGGACAGGCAACUCGAAAUCCGUCUCCGGGGUCGCAACAUCCCCCCAAACUUGAUGAAAGAAGUGGUUCAGAGAUUUGGACCAGAUCUUCAGGGGCUGAAGGAAAUGGUGCCUGGGGCCGAGCUGACCCUCAACACCCGAUCCCAUAUAAUCAAUGUUCGAGGAAACAACGAGCUGAAGCGAAGGGUGGAAGAGGUGAUCUCUGAGGUGGCACUAUCUGUUGAUCAUGCUUGGAUGAUCAAGCAGCCGUCGGGAACCUCUUGCCCCAUUUGCCUGUGCGAGCUGGAGGAGCCUUACAGGCUUGAAGCCUGUGGGCAUGAUUUCUGUCGGAGCUGCUUGGUUGAUCAAUUGGAGUCCACCAUCAGGUCCAGAGAUAGCUUCCCUAUCGGUUGCACCAAGGAGGGUUGCAAUGAGCUCAUCCUGCUCGUGGACCUGCGGUCUCUUCUGCCGUCUGAAAAGAUGGAAGAGCUCUUCAGGGCCUCUUUAGGUGCCUUCGUGGCUUCCAGGGGCGGGGCCUACCGCUUCUGCCCCUCACCCGAUUGCCCGUCUGUGUAUCAGGUUGCCCCCAAGGAUGCAGAGGCUGGACAUUUUGUUUGUGGGGCUUGCUCGGUGGAGACAUGCACCAAGUGCCAUCUUGAGUACCAUCCUUUCAUAUCUUGUGAGAGAUACAAGGAGUACAAGGAGGACCCGGACCUGUCGCUAGUGGAGUGGCGCAAGGGGAAGGAGUACAUAAAGGACUGCCCCGCCUGUGGUUACACAAUUGAGAAGAUCGAUGGUUGCAACCACAUCGAGUGCAAGUGUGGGAGACACAUUUGUUGGGUGUGCUUGGAGUUCUUCAGAAGCAGUGAUGAGUGCUAUGGUCAUCUUAGGUCUGAGCACCAGUACUACUGAUCUAAUGAACAAAUGCAGCGUAAAUAUAUCUGUAAAUCUGUAUAUAUGUCCGUGCAUAAUAUAGAAAUACUUCAUCUCGCUGAAGCCAUCAUUGACCAUCUGUUCUCGUA